AUGAGUAUUCUUUUUGAAACAACUGCUGGAAAUGUGGUUAUAGACGUUGAAACUACAAGUUUAGGUUACAAUUUUGUCAAGUUGGCACGGGCAAAUUACUUUUUCUUUGCUCCUUUCUAUGGCUUGAAGAAAGAUACUGUGGUGGUAUCUGGUGACCCAGAGUACCCAGAGAGCCACGGACGGUCGAUAUGUGCCAUUGCCACCAUUCCCGAGAAAUAUGGGCAUAACGAUAGUGGAUAUUUGCACUUCACUACUGUUGAUGAUGAAAAGGGUGCAAAAAGUGUUUCAGCUGACGACUCAGAUUCGGCACUUGGGGUUGUUUUUUUUGUUACCCGUGGCGAAAUAGCCUCGCAAGAUCCCACUAUCGGGUCUACUUUUGCCAUUUCAUUGACUUCAGACUGGAAUUUGCUUCGCCAUAUGAAGAACUUGGUUCGGGUUGGCCGCGUAGCAGAAGGGUUUCCUGCCCUAGAUACUAUAAACAACAGUGCUGUGGACGAUCAAGGGCGCCCGCUAAUAGACGUUCGCAUCACAAACACCCAUAUUCUUCAUGAUCCAUUUCCCGAACUCGAGGUUCCACAACUUUCCCACGAAGUUUCCGAAACCCAGCUUCGAAACGUGCGAAUUAGCACCUCUCCAAAACCAGAAAGAGACUCAGACCAUGUCAAUUCCGCCGCUAUAGCACUUGAAUUGCUUGGUGAUUUACCACAUUACAACGUCAAGCCGUCUCCUCACACUUUAUUCAUCGCCAAGUUGAAUCCAGUCACCGACGCAGCGUCCAUAGCUUCACUUUUUCUGCGCUACGGAACCGUCAAAGGAGUCACUAUCAUUGCCGGGAAAUCCUAUGGAUUUGUGGAGCUCUCGUCUACCACCGAAGCUGAUCGUGCCUACGCUGCUCUUCAGGACGUUGUCGUGGACGGACGUCACGUCGUGGUGGACUACUCGCAAUCUACAAAAAAGCAACAAAUGAACUCAUGA